AUGGCCAUUCACGGUUGUCGGCCCCCAACAGCACGAGAGGCUCAAGGCAUGUCCGAAGCCCGCUGCCCACGAGGGAAACAGACCAUGUAUAAGCGGGAAAUCGGCAAAAGCACGGAGCACCGCACUGAUCCUGUUUGGACUUUUAAUCUUAGAAAAGCCGGGCAGGCAAGUCAAGCCAAGACCAAGAAAAGACAUGGCCGCAAGGACUAG